GAAUGGCUUCUAUUUUAAUUUCAAUUUUUUUAAUUUUUAUUUUUUCUUCUAUUGCUAAUUUACAACAAAUAACAACUACAACCAUUGGAAAGACUACUAGAACCUUUACAAUAGACAAAGAAGCCAAUGUUUUUUUAAUGGAUGGAAAACCGUUUCGUUAUAUUUCUGGAGAAAUUCAUUAUUUUCGGAUAUCUGCUGGACUUAAUGCCGUGCAAGUUUAUGUUCCUUGGAAUUUUCAUGAAGAGGAACCAGCUAGUUUCAACUUUGGUGGAGACCGGGAUCUUGUCGAAUUUUUACGCAUCGCACAACACAAUGGUCUGUAUGUUUUGCUCCGUAUUGGACCCUAUGUCUGUGCAGAAAUUGAAUUUGGUGGAUUACCAUGGUGGUUAAUUAAGGAUCAAGCAAAUAUUGAAUUGAGGACUUCAAACAAAAAAUAUCUCAGCUAUGUCAAACGCUAUUUUAAUGUACUCCUCCCCUUACUUCGUCCUCUCCUCUACAAGAAUGGAGGUCCUAUUAUUAUGCUACAGAUAGAAAAUGAAUAUGGUUCUGUUCUCUGUGACCAUGCUUAUACAGUUUGGUUAAGGGAUAUUGUUAGGGAACAACUUGGGAGUGAUGUGGUGCUUUAUACAACCGAUGGCUUUAACGAGAAUAUGGUGCGAUGUGGCUCCGUUCCAGGCACCUUCCCAACUGUUGACUUUGGUGCUCCCCAAACUAUAGACUCUGCUAGCAAAAAAUUCCAAGUUCAAAGAAAGUUUUCUGGUGGAGGGCCGAAUGUAAAUUCUGAAUUUUAUACGACUUGGUUUUCAAUGUGGGGGGAUCGUUCUGUGCCCAGACAAGAUAUUAAAAAUGUUGUUGAUUCGAUAGAGGUUAUGUGGCAGUUGAAUGCCUCUUUCAGUUUCUACAUGAUCCAUGGUGGAACGAAUUUUGGAUUCUGGAAUGGGAGAGAACCAGAUGGCCCUGUGAUAACUUCAUACGACUAUGCUGCCCCAAUAAGCGAAGAAGGGCAAAUAACACCAUUAUAUAGAGCUAUCAGAAAUUGGAUUGGUUCAAAACAAGAAUGGCCUAAUACUCCUUUGCCUCUACCGCCAAACAGAACAGGAAUUGCAAUAAACGGCAUUACAGCCCUCCGUCUCCCAAAUUUCAUCAAACUCUUAAACUCAACCCAUACAAAACAACAAUGUAUACACUCAAAUGGGGCUCGCCCUCUAAACUUUGAAGUUUUCGAUAGAGACCAUGCUUUUGUUUGGUACAGUACAGUCCUUCAAAUAGGAGGGUCUGUGUUGACUAUACCUGUGGUGAAGGACCACGCCUAUAUUUUUGUGGACGGGAAAUUUAAGGGAAACAUAACCGUCUGUGACAGAACUGGCUGCUCUCAAAGAGUAACGAUAAACGCUCGUGCUGGUCAACGCUUAGAUAUACUUGUAGAAAAUGCUGGACGAUUAACCUAUCCACUGUCUAAAGUUGAUCCAAAGGGUAUUCUUUCCCCUGUAAUUUUGGGUGGUAUCUCAGUUAGUAAUUAUUGGACACAAUGUGGCGUUUCAAUAGAUGCUUUAUACACAGCUGGUUCUUUGCUGUUUGAGGAGGCAUAUUUGGAGCAACAACUUUUGAAAGGAUCAUCAAGCAUCGAACCUCCACAACCUACCUAUGAUGAACCUGCCAUAUAUGCAGCCAAAUUCACAACUCCCGAUGUAGACUGGAGAUUGGCCCAUACAUUUUUUGAUUCUCGAGGGUGGGGGCAUGGCAUUGCUAUGGUGAAUGGGUUUAAUGUUGGGCGGUAUUGGCCGUUGUUAGGCCCACAGAUGACUCUAUUCGUGCCCGGUGCUGUAAUGAAAAAUGAAAAUUUCGUUCUCCUUCUUGAAUUAACUGGACGGCAAAAAAGCAAAUCGUUACAAUUUGAUUUUCUCGCACAGCCACUUUAUAAUGGAGAGGAAGAGAGACAAUUUCAAAAAGAUCAGCCAUUGUUGGAGAGGGAUGAUGUAUCCGAGGACGAUGAAAUUGUCAAAAAUCCUGUUCCCUCAGGCUAUUUGAGAAAAUAUCAAAUGGCAUUGGCUCAUACUCGUCGAAAUCGACACCAAUCAGAGGAACACGAAAGUGCCGAGGCUGGAGUUAGAGAAAAACGAAUGGAUUUUUUCUCACACUUUUAA